UCGGGAUAGUAAAAAAAAAAUAUAUCUGUCACUGUCACAGUCGAUUCCAUUUUUAAAUUGAAAUGGCGGCAAAGGCGGAACCAAUUGGGCCAAGAAAUGGUCAUGAAUUGGCUCCAUUAAACACGAGGGCAGAUGGCUCUGAAAGGCCUCAUGGAGUCACAAUAGUACUUCAAGGAUCGAGGAACUCCUUACAAAGAGAUGCUCCAGAGGAAGAUAGGGCUGCCUGGUCCGGGAAACUUCAGUUCUUUUUAUCCAUUAUUGGUUAUUCAGUAGGGUUGGGCAACAUUUGGCGGUUUCCGUAUCUGUGUCAACAAAAUGGCGGAGGAGCAUUUCUCAUCCCCUUCUUCAUCAUGUUAAUACUGGAAGGCAUCCCCCUGUUCCUUAUUGAAAUGGCGAUUGGUCAAAAAAUGCGCCUCGGCUCCCUUGGAGUCUGGAACACCAUACACCCCUGGUUGGGCGGGAUCGGGAUAGCCAGCUGCGUUGUCACGCUGUUCGUUGCUUUGUACUACAACGUCAUCAUCACCUGGGUCUUCUUCUAUCUCUUCAACAGUAUUCGGCUUAGCGCAGACCAGCUUCCUUGGGCACACUGUCCUCAAGACAAUGGAACAGCUGAAGCCGAGUGUACUAAGGCCUCAGCCACUGUCUACUAUUGGUACAGGGAGGCCUUGGACGCGUCUCCGAGUAUUGAAGAACCUGGCGCUCCUCGUUGGUGGAUUGUCCUUUAUCUGCUUCUGGCUUGGAUUAUCGUCUUCUUCAUUGUUAUGAAGGGUAUCCAGAGUAGUGGUAAGGUCGUAUACUUUACGUCUUUGUUUCCAUACGUCGUAUUGACUAUUUUCUUCGUCCGCGGCAUAACGCUACCAGGGUCAGCUGAUGGUAUCAUUCACAUGUAUAAGCCGAAGCUCCAUAAAUUGCUAGACCCAACUGUAUGGCUUGAUGCGGCUACUCAAGUCUUUUAUUCAUUUGGUCUAGCUUUUGGAUCUCUCAUCGCCUUCGGUUCCUACAACACCCCUAACAACAAUUGCGUUAGGGAUGUGUUGCUUGUGUCCGUAUGUAACGCUCUGACCGCAAUCUACGCUUCUGUUGUCAUCUUCAGCAUCCUCGGCUUCAAAGCUUACACGAUGGUCGAAAAGUGCAUUACCAAGGAAAUAAAGGUACUGGCUAUGCACCAUAUCGGUGGUUUUAUGUUGAAUUCGACGCAAGAAUACUAUGAGGAGCAGUAUCCGAAUCUCCCUAACAACGUCACUUCCGCACUGAACCUUACCGGAUGUGCCAUGAGCAAGCAACUGGAUGAGGCAGCAGAAGGCACAGGUCUUGCCUUUAUCGUAUUCACGCAAGCUAUUCUAAAAUUGACUCCAGCUCCUUUCUGGUCCAUCAUCUUCUUCCUUAUGUUGCUCUCCCUGGGUCUCGGCAGUCAGAUCGGUAUUAUGGAGGGCAUGCUCUGCACCAUAUUUGACAUUGAUUUCUUCAAAAGAUUCAGCAAGCCCGUUAUUACUGGUUUCGUCUGUACCAUAUGCUUCUUCGUGGGCCUCAUCUUCACGACUGGCGCGGGCGAGUACUGGCUGAAGAUGUUCGACUCGUUCGCUGGUACCAUCGGCCUCGUCGUGAUCGCUCUGCUCGAAAUGAUCGCCGUCAUCUACAUCUACGGACAUGAAAAAUUCUCUAAUGAUAUCUACGAAAUGACCGGCUAUCGUCCUGGACUGUACUGGCAGAUCACCUGGCGCUACGUUGGACCUUUCAUCGUUUCCUGCAUCCUGCUAUCUUCGCUUAUCUUUAUGCUGCUCAAUCCGCCGACUUAUGGAGCUUGGAAUGCAGCAGAGGGUCGAGUGGAAAAAACUCCAUACCCAUCAUGGGUUCUCGGCAUCGCAGUAGCCAUGAUUCUGGCAGGUGUCCUCCCUAUACCUGUGGUGCUUCUGCUGAGAAGAUUCCAAUGCCUCGCCCUGGACGUGGACAUCCACCAGGGCUCUAUCAGGAGGAUCGAAACCACCGUUUCCACCAAAGAGAUGAUGAGCGAUCAGGAUUCAUCAGAUUCAGAGCAAACUCCACGCACGACCGAUCGCUUCGAAGAUUCUAGCAGUAGUGACGAGGAAAUUCUAAAUGCAAAAUAUUCAACCGGAACUGGUAUACGGUUAGCCAUGAAACCGAUCAAUUAUAAUCCCAAUACAUUUAAGAUGGACGUCGUUGACUGAUUGAUUUAAUUUAAAUAGUAUAUAAGUAAACGUUUUUAGUGUUAAAUCACUUUAUAUUUAUUAAAAUAUUUUUUUUUAUAUAUAUGUUUAAUUCUAAGUAAUUACAAAAUAUUAUGUAAUUUAAUAUUAUAUUUUCAAUUCUAUAUUUAAAAUUGAUAAUAAUUUUAGGCUCUAUCCGGUAAUGAGAACGAUUACGUCUUAAUUUAAAACUUAUAUAAUAAAUCGAUUACAACUAGAUUACGAAAAAUACGUCACAAAUAACAUUUUUUUUUAUCAAAUUCGUAUUUGAAUUUCGAACUUGUACGCAACAUCUAUCGAGCGCAGUUCUAAUAUUUUGUGUUACAGUAAUAUUUCCAGUUCGACUAAAUUUCAUUUGACGAAAAUUUUCAUAUUAACUCAUUUAAAACAAUACUUUUAAGUUUGUUUUUCUAAUAGAAAAUUAAUUGUCUCUUUGUUGAAGAAUGUUUUUUUUUUAAAUUAAUGUCUUUAUUGAAAAUUAAAAUUACUUUAAAUUUAAAUAUAUAAAAUAGAUCCCUUUUAACAAAAAUGUCUACACUUUCGAUGACGCUGAUAAAAGCUGUUACUUAUAAAACUAAUGGUGCGCCUAAAAUUGAUUUACAUAUAAAAUGAUUUUAUUAGAUAAAUUUUAAUGUAAACUUUCAUUUUCAUUAAAACUGUAAAAUGGCAACACAAUUCUCAGACAUUUUUUUUUUAUGGAACGUUUAAAACAGUUAUAACAAAACUAAUCAUAUAAUUAAAAAAAUAACUCAAUUUUUUCAAAUGUAAGAAUUACUAUAUUAAAUAUUGAGAUUUUAGGUUUAGACAUAGCUUAUUAGAAGCAUUAUGAUGUUUUACUAUAAAUCGUUAUCAAAAAGGUUAGGUCUGGUAUAACCGGCGUUUCACUGUAAAAUAGAUUUCGGCACAUAGAUAUAACUAUUUCGAUUUAAAUAAAAGGUUUUGUAUUUUUUUUUUCAACGUAUCUUGUGGUAAUUUGUCAUACCUGUUAUUGAUUGUAGUUCUACUGAUCAUUAUAAUACAGUACUCGAUUAAAAAUUCUUAUUAGUAUUUUUAAUAAAAUAUUUAAAGGAAAAUUUAAUUACCGGUACUAUAGAUUUUUUUUUCUAAUAUCGUUAGGCAGUUUACAAAUAACAAGUAUCUUCAAAAAUAAAAAAAAUAAAAAAUUGACAUACAAGGUUGGUAUUGAUAUUUUUAAGAGAUAUCAAACAAAUCAAAUAACUAUAAUUUACGUUCGAAUAUAAUUUUAAAAGCUUGAUAUAACUAAUAGGAUUUAUAAAGAAAGAAAAUAGUGUAUUAAAGAUUUGACAGUUCCGUCAUUUGUUCAAUUGGAUUUAAAUAAUAUGUUUUAUUAUGGGCUGAAACCGCAGAACUAAAGACAUAAAAAAAGAAAAAAAAAAACAUGUUUGAAGUGCUGUUGUCACUAAUAGGUUAUAAGAAAUUAAAAACUGUUUCGCAGCAUGCUAGUCAUAGUCGUUUAGGUAAUAUAGUAUAGAUUAAAAAUGACCCAACUGU